ACUCGAACCUAAACUCUCAGUCCUCGCUUUCCUUAAAUUCGAAUCAUCUAUCUCUUUCUCAAAGACAGGAUUUCUCAUUUAAAAAAAAAAAAAAAAAGCACCCCCAUAUCCGGUUUGACCACAGGCACUGCCCGUUAUGGGUGGUAAAACUUGGUAAGUACAAGACCACCUCUGACUAUGAGGUCUUUUUUAACACGCUGGUGCUUGAUGUUUCUUUUGUGUCAGAACCUCAGACCUCAAAAAACCCAGGCACUUACUUGGAUUCUCUCUUACAAAUGGAAGCGUUGAGAGUUUUGUUUAUAUUUGCAAAAUGGGGAGGCAGUGGAAGUUGAGGUCUGGAAGUGACGCCUGAGAAGGGGGAGGUGUUUUUAUCGUUCGUCUGUUUUGUAGCGACAUGAAGAGAUAUUCAUUUCCAGGGACAAAACUUUGGAAGAAACCAUGUUGUGUUGUGAACACAACAAGACAACACCAAUGCAUACAAACAACAACAACAGCACAAAAACAUUCCACAAAUAUGGCUUCAUCUGUUUCCCACAACACUUUCUCAAUGAUUCCAUUUUUUGUUGCUUUCCUUGUUUUUGCUUCCUCUCUUGGCCCUGUUCUGUCUUUACCAUUGCUAUCAGAUUCCGAUCACCGGCAAAUGGCGAACCAUACUUUUAAGCCGGCUAAGGGGAUUCAGAAGCUAAGGAGAAUAAAUGCUUAUCUCAAGAGGAUCAAUAAGCCUGCUGUCAAAACAAUUCAGGCAUCUUCUUUCUCUAUCUUUCCUUUGAAAAUUUCUGCUAGUCUUUUCUAGGAGUGUUUAAAAGCAGUGCUUCUUUUGUUAGAUUGAUUAUUAUAUGGUCUUGGUCUCUUGCUGCAGAGUCCAGAUGAUGAUGUCAUAGAUUGUGUUCUAUCUCAUCUUCAACCUGC